CUCCUCCACUCCGACUGAGGCAACACAAAUCGUUUCGCUGUCUCGUUGAGUCAGUCGAGCUCUUGCGCGCUUAGCGAGAGGUCGAAUCUACAUCGCGUUCAUCGUAUUAAUAACAGAUUAAGAUCGAAAAUAACUCAUCGGGGACUGAAUUAUUAUCUCAUUACUGUAAAAUCCUCUGAUUGGACGUUUUGGGAUUAAAUUUCAACGAAAUUUGUGCUCAAGUCAGACGACUGUUGGAUUAACUGUGAAAAGUGGUGGAAGAAGUGGAAUUUAUUAGUGAUUAUUUUGCGAAUAAGUUCAUUGAUAUUGAACAAUGGUGACUGGAGUGGGUGCUACAAUGCCAUCCGGUGGUGUUUCAGUGGGUUCAACACCACCAGCACCACAUGUGCCGCAGGAGGCUGGACAGCCGCCUGCGCAAGCUAAUACUAGUGGUACGAGUACCAGACGAUCGGGGGAGAAUAGACGGAGUAAUAAACCGAUUAUGGAGAAGAGAAGGCGAGCGAGGAUUAAUAAUUGUCUUAACGAACUCAAGACACUCAUACUGGAUGCCAUGAAAAAAGACCCAGCGCGCCACUCGAAACUUGAAAAAGCAGACAUCCUUGAGAUGACAGUGAAACACCUAGAGACCCUCCAGCGUCAACAGGUAGCCCUGGCAGCAGCGACCGAUCCAUCAGUUUUAAACAAAUUUCGCGCUGGUUUUACGGAGUGCGCGAGUGAAGUUGGCAGAUUUCCCGGUCUGGACGCCUCCGUAAAACGUCGUCUGAUGUCCCACUUGGCAUCUUGCCUGGGACCAGUAGAGAGUACAACGGCUACCCAGUCAACUCCACCAGUGGUCCAGCAAUCGCCACCAACAACCCAACUCCAGGUUCACAUUCUCCCUCAAGUGGACACAACACCGCGCAUUCAAGUGCAGCAAUCCAACGGCAUAUUCUUCACAAAUGCCAACGGUACCGGUCUACAACUGGUCCCAACGAGGCUCCCCAACGGUGACAUUGCCCUAGUUUUACCAGCAGGUGCCAAAGCCACCCCAGUGACAUCACCAGCCUCGUCACCAGCUCCAUCGUCACCCCUGCCAACGCUCAUACCGAUUCCCCAGAGAACAGCCAGCACGGCGUCAGCCUCGUCGUCGACCUCGUCAACCAGCUCGACAUCGACAUCGGCAGCGAGUCCUGUCGCCUUUGAGGCACCACCCUCCAAUUUUCGGGAGCAAUCGCCGGCCUUCACCACCAGCCAUCGAGAUGUUGCAACAUCACCAGCGAAUGGCUACACCAGUGAUCCCGAGUUCGAUGCAAGGGCGACCCUCUACAGUCCACCACUCCAAAAACCCCUCGCCCUUGUCAUGAGGAAGAGUGUCAUGCCCGAGAUCGAGGGCAAACCCUGGCGGCCCUGGUAAACCAGAGCCUGGAGAUACCUGUGAAGUUUUGUGUUCUCGAUGAACUAGUGAUUCGAUCGGGGGGAGAACUCACUCGUGAAAUUUCGUCGGCCGAUGACAUUGGAAUCCCACGAGACGAAAGGAACAAAAGCCCUCGAACAGUUCAAUUCCAGGGACUCUGGAGUGUAUGAAAUAGCUCGGGGUGUCCUGGGAAAUUGUUCGAACACGUUUUUUUGGACUCCAUGGAAUAGCGAAUAUAAAAUUUGUCAAAUCGUCUGGUAUCAGUUCGUUUCAAAGUGAUUAUCCCCUUCGGUUCAACUGACUGAAACCGCUAGUCGGUUACGUCGCAAGUCGUUAACAUUUAUUUAAAAAUAAAAACAACGGUUUAAAGCUCGGGAAGCGUUUAAGGGUUGUUAGAGUUAGUUUUUAUUAUCCGCUGUCAAGAUUGUUCUUUUCAAUGGUCAGUAGCCUAUGAGGCUGUGCCUUAUACAGUGCCUUGUACAUAGUUUCCUCGGUUGAGAUUAAUUUCCAUGAGUUUAAUCAAUAUAUUUUCACGAUUACGAUGAGUUUGGUGGGUGUACAUAGGAUGAUUUAGAAUUAUCGUUAUGUUUAAGUGCCUUACGCAACAAGAAUCACCGAUGUCUUCCAUUAAUUCAUUUUUGCGUUUCUUGUAAUGUAGAUAGAGGUUGGAUGUAGUUAACGCCGAAGGAGUGUUGAAUAAUGAAUACAAAUGUGUGUAUAAUAUUACCGAGGAAUGCAAGUAUUGGGGAAUUUUUCUUUUUGUAUAUUAUUGCACUAAGUUUAGAUUCUAUUUACGUUUAAGGAUUUAUGGAUGUUUAUCAGAUUUGUAUGGAAGGUGAUAUUUUUCCAGAGAGAGUGUUCUUAUUUAUAUUUAUGAGUGCAAAUUGAAAUGAAGAUUGAGUUUAUAAGGUUAAUGUGACGAUAAUAGAACAACACGCUUAAUAAUACUUCACGAGUAUCAAAUAAAUAUUGAUCUCUGUUCAAACUUAAAUAA